CUUAGCUCCCAUCAAUGCAAGUCGGUGAUUUUAUAUCGGCAUUUCGCACACUGAUCUCCUCCUCCUUCAUCCACAAACUCAGCCACGGGUAGACCGACACGCUAGCAUAUCAUUGAAUCAAUAUGGCUAGCUUUUUCGAUCUCAAGGCCAGAAAGGCAGCAGCGGCAGCCAACAGUAACGCUGACCAGAAGCAAGAUAAACCUUCAAAUGCUCGAACUCAACCCUGGGUCGAGAAAUACCGACCAAAGACCCUCAGCGAUGUCACUGCCCAAGAUCAUACCGUCGAUGUGCUCCAAAGGACACUGCAGUCCUCCAACCUCCCUCACAUGUUAUUUUACGGGCCUCCCGGUACAGGUAAAACUUCGACAGUUCUAGCACUCGCCAAGGAGCUCUACGGUCCCGAUAUGAUAAAGUCGAGAGUCCUCGAACUCAAUGCCUCCGACGAGCGUGGUAUCUCCAUCGUCCGAGAAAAGGUCAAGAACUUUGCGCGAAUGCAAUUGACCAACCCGGCACCUGGCUACAAGGACAAAUACCCUUGCCCUCCUUUCAAGAUCAUCAUCCUCGACGAGGCCGACUCCAUGACACAAGACGCCCAAAGUGCACUACGACGAACCAUGGAAACAUACAGCAAGAUUACUCGAUUUUGUCUGAUUUGCAACUACGUCACUCGAAUUAUCGACCCGCUUGCCAGUCGAUGCAGCAAAUUUCGGUUCAAGAGUCUCGACCAGAGCAAUGCAAAGAAGCGACUGGAGGAGAUUGCAGAGAAGGAGGGCGUGCAACUUGAGGCUGGUGCUGUUGAUGCACUCAUCAAGUGCAGCGAGGGCGAUCUUCGAAAAGCCAUCACCUUCUUGCAAAGUGCUGCUCGGCUCGUCAGCGCUAAUGCUCCUGACAAGGAGGCCGAGGGUGACGAGGUGAUGGAUGUGGACAAGAAGGCGGUCACAAUCAAGAUCGUUGAGGAUAUUGCUGGUGUUAUUCCGGACACUACCAUCGAUGAUCUUGUCAAAUCAAUACGUCCGAAGAAGUCUGGAUCAUCCUAUCAGAGCAUCUCAGAUGUUGUUGAGCAGCUAGUUGCAGAUGGCUGGAGUGCAGGUCAAGUUGUUAACCAACUCUACCAAGCCUUGACAUAUGACGAGACUAUACCCGAUGCGCAGAAGAACAAGAUCGUGUUGGUAUUCUCAGAAGUUGACAAACGACUAGUAGAUGGAGCAGAUGAGCAUCUUUCUAUUCUUGACCUGUCAGUGAGGAUAUCAACUAUCAUGGCGAAGAAGUGAGCUCUCGGCUUUGUGUCUAGUGUGCUGUAUCAAGCAAUGUGGGACGGAGUCAUGGUUAGAAAUGGUUUGGCGUUUAAACUGGCUCUAUAUCACCAGACAUCUAUUGUACUUGAC